AUGUCGAAGAAGUAAAAGCUUCUAACUGGACUCAAUUCUCUGUCCAUUUGGCUAAUAAACACGCCAGAUUGGUUGAAAGAAAACUAAAAGGACACAAUCGAAGAUGCCUAAUAAUAAAUCGAAUUCUAUACUCUUGAAUUGGACAACCAUAAAGAGAAAUUUGCUGAUAAUAAUCAUGGUAUGCAGUCUAAUCCGAAAUCUAUGAAACCCAAACCAAUGUAAGAACUGUCUAAUAAGAAAUUGUUGACAGACUCCAAGAGUACAUCAGAGAGAAGUUAUCCUCUUAAUAGAUCACCAUCAGAAAUUGAUUUGAUAAUCAAAUACUUCAAUAAAUUAUUGGAUAACAUAUGA